UCGUAUUUGGGUUUUGAGAAGAAGAAAGAAGAAGAGUUCAAAUUAAAAAAAAAAAAAAAAAAAACUGGUAUUACCGGUGGAGAGAGAAAGAGAGAAAGACUGAGUGGUGGUGACAGUGAAAUAGACCACACCACACCAUAGCCCACAACGCCUACCUCCACGCCAAACCAACCAAACUAAAUUCUUCUAAACUUAGCAAACCCCAUUCUUAACCAUCCAUUUUCUGCGUAUGCCACCCACACCCAGAUACAGAUUCUCCACUAAACUAAAAAAACCACCUUUCUCUCUCUCUAACUCAGAUCCGUUUCUGCUUUCUUACAGCUCAUAUAUAUAUGUAUUCAUCUUCUUCUUCCUUUUCCAUUCAUAACCCAUUAUUACUCUAAUAUUAUUUCUUUUGCUAUAUUACUUUUAUUGUCAUUGCUUCCUCUGCUCUGCUCUUCUUCAGAGACCGAUACACUAGGCCUGAUAUAAUGCAUAUUGAAGUAAAUUUGGAAGCCUGAAUUUGCAUAUACAAUCUUUCCAUGAAGUAGUUAUGAAUCUCUGAAAGGCUGUAAUUGUGCAAGGGGAAAUCAUGAUCAAACCAGAGGGAGAACUCAAAGUGAGCUUUGGCUAUCAGUGCUAUGGUAAUAGAGGCAGCCCUAAUGAGCUAUCCGGUGGAUAUGAAUUCGUGCCUGGAGGAAUCCAAAGGACUGGCAGUUUCUCAUGCUUGUCUGGUGCUGCUAUAAGUGCUAAUGCUACUCUUGCUAAUACAAAUAUCUGUAAUGGCUUAAUAGGGGAAGAAAUACUUCCUAGUUUGGACUCUCCUAAUUCAUUCCGGAAGGUUUCCUCCUCCCCAAGUCUUUCAAGGUUGGAUAUGUUAUCAUCUUCCCUCCCAAAUAGUAUGUCGAACUUAAGUUGUAGCCCGUCCACUCCAACCGAACUGCAUGACUAUGAUUCUAAUCCAUUUAGCUCUAUGAGUGCUCCAUCUAGAAAUGAGGGCUUUCUUAAUCCUAUGGAAGUACAGGUGGCUGGAGGAGCUGCUGGUGAAGAUCGGGUUCAAGCCGUUUGUUCUGAAGAAAAUGGAUGGCUCUUCUGUGCCAUUUAUGAUGGUUUUAAUGGAAGAGAUGCAGCUGAUUUCCUUGCAGGGACAUUGUAUGAUACUAUUAUAUUUCACUUUAGCUCAUUAGACUGGGUACAAAAUCAAAAAUUUAUUGAAGCUUCAGAUUGUCCAGACUUGGAUGGUUCUUCUCAUUAUGUUCCAGGUGAUAGUAACUUUGUAAACAAGGAUUCGUGCAGUGAUAUUUCUAAAAGUAGGACAUACCCUGAACUUCAAAAGUCACCCGAGUCAUUUAGGCAAGAAGUGCUUGAUAGUCUUCAACGCGCUCUUAAUCAGGCUGAGUCUGACUUCCUCUAUAUGGUUGAGCAGGAAAUGGAGGAUCGUCCAGAUUUGGUUUCUAUUGGGUCCUGUGUUCUCAUUGUGUUUCUUCAUGGAGAAGAUUUAUACACAUUAAAUUUAGGUGAUAGCAGAGCUGUAUUGGCGACAGACUGCAAGGAUGAUGACUUGAAUGGGAGUAAGAAACUGAAAGCUAUCCAGCUUACCGAGAGUCAUACAGUUGAUGAAGAGGAUGAACGAAAUCGAGUUUUGUGUGAGCAUCCUGAUGAUCCUAUGACCAUAGUAGGUGGUAAAGUAAAAGGGAAAUUGAAGGUUACCCGUGCAUUUGGGGUUGGUUACUUGAAAAAGAAAAUUCUGAAUGAUGCACUGAUGGGAAUUCUUCGAGUUCAAAACCUUAUGAGUCCCCCAUAUGUUUCCACUCAACCAUCGUUGAAUGUGCAUAGGAUUUCAAAAUCUGACCAAUUUGUUAUAAUUGGUAGCGACGGGUUGUUUGACUUCUUUAGCAAUGAUGAGGCAGUAGAGCUCGUGAGGUACUAUAUCGCCAGAAACCCUUACGGUGACCCUGCUAAGUUUCUAGUGGAGCAGCUUGUAAUUAAAGCAGCAAACCGUGCAGGCUUCAGUAUGGAAGAAUUGAUGGAUAUUCCAGCAGGUAGGAGGAGGAAAUAUCAUGAUGAUGUAACUGUUAUGGUGAUCAACCUUGGAUCAAACCAACGCACUACAAAGGCAUCAACCUGCAUAUGAUUUUUUAUUUUUAUAUAUAUAUAUAUAUUUUUUCCCUUUUCUGAAUUAGAAUUUGUAGUUUCAGGUUUUGUACAUGCUGUAAUUUUCAGGUUUAGUACAUUUCCUUUUCUUACUUUCAUUCCAGUUUUCGUUUUUAUAGUUUUCAAAUUGUAUAUAAAGAAUGCAAUGAACAAUUGCUUUUGGUA